UGUUUGGUGCUGAGGGCCACUGGAACUCAACGGCCUGUCAGACCAGUUAUAAGCUGAUGAGUAACGGCACUCUCGCCACUCUGGCUGAGCUCAGGGGUGGACUCGACGGCUGGAAUAUUGGCCGCAAAUUACCCACAAUUCUACAGCAAUACCCGACCAUUAGUUUGAGUCAAAUACUGAGAUGGUAUUACUCGCCCAAAGGGUUGGCCCCCGACGCCGGUGUUUGCAACCGCGGGUACGGACUCGUCGGUGAACUCCAGAAUAAGAUCCAGAGGGAGGCCGAGAAUUACAUACGUGUAUGGAAUGGGGUUUUCUAUGAGAACUCCUUUCCCGACAACCAAUUGACUGGUUUUAUAGCCGAAACCUGGCGUUCAUUCUACCAGUUCCUCAACAAAGCCGGCACUGAGAGACCCAGCGAGGAGAGAGACUACUGUACGACGACUAGUGUGGGGACGGACUACAAGUCGGCAACAAUCGAGACGUCGACGGAUGUGUUCUUCAUGUUAGACAAUAUGCCCGCAAAGGGCGAGGGUUUCGAUGAGGAGAUCAAAAUGGUUACGAAUAUUGUGCGACAAUUGAAUUUAGGCCGAAACGCC